AUGGGAAAUCGCAAGGCAAAUCGCAAGAACCAAGUAAAAAAACGUAUUCCAGACCGUAUCCUAGCUUUCAAAAGAGAGAAAAUGGCAAAUCACAAAAACAAAGUAGAAGAAGACCAUUUUGAUCGUCUUCCAGACCAUGUCCUAGAUUGCAUCCUCAACAAAGUGGUGGACGGCAAGUCACUCGUCCGUUGUCUCACCGUCUCCAAGCGAUUCGCUUCCCUCCUUUCCCAUAUCAAUUCGACCACACUUGAAAUCCAUGAUAUUUAUAACAUGACGGCCGUUGGUGGGUUCGUUAGGAGAUUCAAUACAAUAAAAUCUCUACAUCUAAAGGUUCCCUCUCUCUGUUUCUGCGGCAACAGUCCUGAAGAAUGUGUAUUCAAGUGGAAGGUCGACUAUGGCCACAAAUUUAACUACUUAGUUUUUCUCUCUUUUGAAGAAGAAUUAGAUAAUCUCGAAGAAGAAGAAGAAAUACCGAUACAAAGUGGAUAUAGAGGAUCAGGACACUUUGGCGCUUGGAAGAUGUAA